AUGCCUCUAAUACGCGCAAACGCUCUGCGGAGCUUCCAUUCCACUUUCAGAUCCACCGCGACUCGCGCCGCACCCCGAGCGCGGACGCAGCUUGUCACCCGACGCUUCGCAAGCAGCGGCGGCCACGGACAUGCUGAGCCUAGCUCAGAUUUGCCUUGGGCGCUGGGUGCAGUUGCUGUAACUGUUCCUUCUUGCUGGUACCUCUGGCCUGAACAGUCCUCUGGUCACCACGAUGGACACGACAGCCAUGAUGCCCAUGGAAAGGAACAUGGCGAGGAGCACGAGGAUGAGGAGAAGGAGGAUGAGGCUCCAGCUGAUGAUGCCGCUCCUGCCGAUGACGCCGAGGAGAAGUCGGAUGACAAGGAGGAAGUGAAGGAGGAUGAGAAGAAGGAGGAGUCGGAAGAAAAGGAGGAGAAGUCCGACGACAAGAAGGAGGAGAAAUCUGAGGAGAAGGAGGAGAAAUCUGAGGAGAAGGAGGAGAAAUCCGAAGAGAAGGAGGAGAAGUCCGAAGAGAAGGAGGAGAAGUCAGACGACAAGAAGGAGAACACGUCUGACGAGAGGGAGGACAAGUCUGCCGAGAAGGAGACCAAAACUAACGAAGCCAAGGACUCCGUGAAAAACGCUAAAACCAACAAGAGUAAGAGCAGCUUGGGUGACAGCACGAAGGCUUCUCACUCCAACGCACCUCACCACAUGGCAGAGAAGUCGAAGAAGGGCGAUGGCAGUACCGAGACGACAAAGUCCACAAAGACCAUCGACCCCAACGCACCUGUGAAAUAA